GCUCUUCCUCGUCCUGUUGCUGCCCUCGUCAACGUUGUGGGCAUCACCAUCAGGUACAAUCGCCGACCUCCACAACACGGAUUUUACGUCGCUGGUAGUCCGCCCACCAUGUGUGAUGUCUCCUGUGCCCAGGGAGGGGAAGGAGGAACGCGAAGGUGCAAUCGACAUCGGCAAAGCACCGGCAGCGAGCGAAGAACGACCCAUAUCCGGAGACUUGACGCCGAAGCUGAUGUUGCUGCUGCUGCGGCUGGGGAAGAGGGGGGGAGCGUGCACCAGGCUCUGUGUGGUGGGAUCGUGGCGGGCGUGCUCUUCGGCGGUGUCUUGGGAGGCAUCGUUGUGGGUGCGGCCGCGGUCGGAGCCUCGAUAGUCUCGAGGCGCGGCAGGGACAGGGGGGACGAUGAUGUUCGCGUUGUUUCCUAUAGCCCCGCCGCCGCCGCCGCCCCUGCCGCGGGGCGUGGCGGGGUAGCGGGCUACGGGGACAUGGUCAUGACUCGCGAACAGGCGAUGCUUGCCACCGGCAGAGCGAUCAGCACAGCGACGUGCGCUGCUGCUGCUGCUGCUGCCCUCGGGCAGGCGGGGGGUCGCGGGGCGGACGGCGUUGCCAGCGCUGGCGAGGCCCUGCUGCUCCCCUCGGCGCGGCCCGUGUCGAACCCCGUCGCGAUUCCAUGCACGUCAAGCUCCAUCCGGACGGCACGCCGGUUGACAGCGGUGACCGCCACCCCGGCGCACGCCAACAACGUCGUGUUUGGGGUCCCGAUGAGCUGCGGCGAAACCGGGGGGGGUGCUAAUAAUGACACCGCCGGGGGCCCCGCCACCGCCGCCGGCCUAGGAGCAGGAGCACCAACUGUGGUGGCGACGGACAGCAGUAGCAGCAGCAGCAGCAGCAGCAGCAGCAGCAGCAGCAGCAGCAGCAACAUUGCGGACACUGCGCGGAGAUGGUUGUGGGGCGGCACGGGCGGUGUCAACGUGAACGACGGCUGGGCUGCUGCUGCUGCGGCGGCGGCGGCCGAUGGCGACGAAGAGGCAGGGGAAGACUGGUGGGCGGGGGAGGAGUUCGAGGAGGACUGGGCGUGCGUUUUUGAGGCGUACUGUCCCGAGGGGGGCUCCGGGAGGAUGCCCUGUCUCGUCGCCCGAGAGCCUCUUCAAGGCUCCGGGGUGAACGUACGCAUGGCGAGAGCCAUCCUACAGAUCGCGGAUUGGCAACACAGAGGAGACCUGGGGCUCGACGAGUUUUCCCUGGCAAUGUAUCUUUGCCGACGGCAACGCCUGGGGGAAGGCGUCCCGUCGAUGCUGGAGGCGUGGAUGAUACCGCCAAGCCUUCGCGAAGCCCGGGGAUGCCGAGACAACGGCCCCUCCCCCGCGUACCCGUCGUGAUUUGCGACGUGAGAGAGGGAGAGAGAGAGAGAGAGAGAGAGAGAACGCGCAUCGAGGGAAGGCACCUGUGGCGUGCGCUGACUUGGAUGCUCUGAUCGGCAUGGUGCACAAAACAAGGUAACAAGGUGUCCAGCAUGUUUAUUGCAGGAGUCGUAAUGUCGUUGUUGUGCAUUGCGUGCUGGUUGGUGGCCGGUUCAGUCCGCCUAACGGAAGACAGACGCAGCAGGGGCGAGUGCGCGUCGUUCCAGCUUUGCUGUAAAUAAAGGGAAGGGAAUUAGCUCUCAGAUGGGUUCAUUUGCCCAAGAGAGGGCUCCUGCAAGGCCAACCAACCCCCUUGGCAAGCAACCCCUUUCCUUUCCGCCGAGCUCGGGGACUGGAUCUCGGGCCAAGGGGGGUCGGAGGAAGGGACUAAAGAGAGGGAAGGGUGUGAGCGGGUUAAAGGUGGUCGUCGUGGUCGUGCCUAGAGCAUGAACAAUUCCUAGAUGCUUCCCGCUGGAUAGACACCGGGCGGAGCGAGGUCCGUGUGUGCUCAAGCGUUGUUUAGUCGCUGGAAUGUUUCGCGAUGGAUAGAGAGCGGCGGCGCGGGGGGGGGGCUGACGUACGGUCGUGGCAGCUAAGCAGCAGCAGGGAUUUCGCGGCCGUUUUUUUCAGCGAACCAACCCCCCGACCAGCAGCCUCCGGUUGUGUACGUACGCGCGUUGGAGAUGACCAGCAGAUGCGCGAAAUAAUUGAAAAGAACUGUAGCGUGAUCAUGUGUGUUGAAGUAUCUUGGCCUUGUUCUACCAGUUGAUUGGUGUAUAUGUAGAUAGCAACCUGGUGCGGGCGAACUUCUUUUUUUGUAGAGACGUACCCCCCCCCCCCCCCCCCNACGCUUACGAGCAGGGCAGUCUGAAACGGUAAGAAGACCUUGUUUGUCUGUUGUUGAUGGUGGUCGCUGUCGAGGCUGGCGAUCCCGAUGGCUGGGUUUCAGUUUGGCGUUGCCUUGGUUUUUCCCAUCCAGGUUGGCUUGCCGCGACCAAUGUUAUUUGAAGGGGGGGCGGGCAAACCCGUGUGUUGUGUGUUUUGACGUCCCGAAAAAAGCAACAAACCGGAAUGAAUAUUACCAUAGCCGGUUGCGUUAUGUACAUAUGCGCAUGGACCUUUUUUCCUUUUCUGUCGAGAUGUAUUGAUAAGCGACCGCGUCAAACGUAUUUGUCACAAGAUUCGCGCCUUUGCGGAGCACUUUUCUGUGCUCUACCGCUGUGUGCUGUUGGUGCUCCCCACACGUUUUACUUGGUUCACUAGUGCAUUUGCGGGAGAUGUACAUGGGCCGAAGUAUGGUUUGCAUGAAGCUUUUUGCGAGUAAAUUAUCUGCUGCGACGCAUGUUUGUAAGCGGAUGGUGAGUGGCUCAUUCGUGCAUUACCUCGAUCCGCGCCUUGUUUUUCAAGCGGCGGGUUCGAUCCAUUCACCCCCCC